UUUGCCUCCACGCUUGCAAAUGUCUUGAUAAGCUUACGCUGAAGUUCACUAAUCUUUAAAGAACCUUUACUGAAGUACUCGCAUCUGCUGGGAAAGCUGCACUGCCACAUCAGUUUUCAGUGGUGUUUAAUUUAUUUUUGUGUUGUUUAUUUAGGAUCAGUGUAAAAAAUACAUUCAGAAUGACUUCCACUCUGGCGAGAGUGUACCACAUCACUGUGUUCGGCUGGUAUGCUUUGGUUUUGAAGAGUCUCAUUGCUAAGGAUGGAGAGGAGUUACCGCCAGGAAUCUUUGUUUAUGGAGGACCUUGGAAGUAUCUCACUUUUUUGAAUUUGGUAUUACAAACGGUAUUCUUUGGUUUGGCGGCAGUAAUUGAUCUUCAUCCUGGGAAAACAGCAGAGAAGACUCUGUGCAGAUUGAAAGACUUCCUCUUCUCUGUUUUUGCCUUCCCUGUGGGCAUGUUUGUUGUUCUACUUUUCUGGUCAAUCUUUGCCUAUGACAGAGAAUUAGUGUACCCAGCUACUAUUGACACCUUCAUCCCUCCCUGGAUAAACCACGCUGUGCACACGUUUGUCCUUCCUGUUUUACUUGGAGAAGUGCUGGUUCAGCCUCACACCUACCCACAGACUAAGAAUGCGCUGGCAGCAUUAGGAGCUGUGGGUUCAGCCUAUUUAUCUUGGAUUGUAUGGGUGUACUUGUCAGUUGGCAUUUGGGUUUAUCCUCUUCUUGGGUACUUCAGUACUGCUGGUCUGGUUGGUUUCUUCUUUUUCAACAUGACUGUGGUGACCUCACUCUACCUGCUCGGGGACAAGCUCAACAGCCAUUUCUGGAGCAAGGGCAUGAAAAAAAUGACAGCCAAAGCAAAGUAAUUGCCACAUAAACGGCUUUCUGCACUGUGCCCCUGAUAAAAAUGCUACGGUUUAAUUUUUACUACUCAACAAAGUGGUAUUAACAUUCCAAAACUCCUGCAUAAUGUAUUUGAAGCAUCAAAAAAAGCACAAUAAAGCAAAUUCCACUGACAACAGCA